GCUGCGGCACAGCCGGUCCCGGCUGCGGCUUCUGGCUGCGCGGUCUGCGCGCGCCUCCCGGGCGGAUUCCAUCCCCGAGCGCGACAGCGCGGCGGGGAGCGACGAGUGCAAGGAAUAUGUGGAGAUAAUUCCACUAUCAAAGACUGUAUGUAAAUUUUCCAAGAUGGAUAGAUGAUGGUGCUAAAACUGUUUUGCUGUUCCAGGAUUUCUCUCUGAUCAAACGGACAGUUCAGGACUCAGAAUCUAAGAAUGAAUGUUCACCGUGGCAGUGACAGUGACAGGUUAUUGCGGCAGGAGGCCAGCUGCUUAGUGGAUGAUACUUCAGUUGCAGCCCAAGAAAAAGAAGCAAAUAGCCUGGCUUCAUCUGGUCCUCAUAAUCUUACUUAUCCUCUAGGUCCCAGGAAUGAAGACCUCUCGCUUGACUAUGCCUCUCAGCCAGCAAAUCUUCAGUUCCCUCACAUAAUGUCCCUUGCUGAAGACAUCAAAGGUUCUUGCUUCCAAAGUGGGAAUAAACGGAACCAUGAACCUUUUAUUGCUCCAGAAAGAUUUGGAAACAGUAGUGUGGGCUUUGGCAGUAAUUCCCAUUCCCAAGCACCAGAGAAAGUGACGCUUCUUGUAGAUGGCACACGUUUUGUUGUGAAUCCACAGAUUUUCACUGCUCAUCCGGAUACCAUGCUGGGAAGGAUGUUUGGACCAGGAAGAGAGUACAACUUCACUCGGCCCAAUGAGAAGGGAGAGUAUGAGAUUGCUGAAGGCAUCAGUGCAACUGUAUUUCGCACAGUGCUGGACUAUUACAAAACCGGUAUCAUCAAUUGUCCUGAUGGCAUCUCUAUCCCAGAUCUUAGAGAUACAUGUGAUUAUCUCUGCAUUAAUUUUGAUUUCAACACUAUCCGAUGUCAAGAUCUGAGUGCUUUACUGCAUGAACUGUCCAAUGACGGUGCUCAUAAGCAGUUUGAUCACUACCUCGAAGAGCUGAUCUUGCCUAUCAUGGUGGGCUGUGCCAAGAAAGGAGAGCGAGAGUGCCACAUUGUUGUGCUGACGGAUGAGGAUUCUGUGGACUGGGAUGAAGACCACCCUCCACCAAUGGGGGAGGAAUAUUCCCAAAUUCUUUAUAGCUCCAAGCUGUACAGAUUCUUCAAAUAUAUUGAGAAUAGGGAUGUUGCAAAAACAGUGUUAAAGGAACGGGGCCUGAAAAACAUUCGCAUUGGAAUUGAAGGUUACCCUACCUGUAAAGAAAAAAUUAAGAGAAGGCCUGGUGGCCGGUCUGAAGUCAUCUAUAAUUACGUACAACGCCCCUUCAUCCAGAUGUCAUGGGAAAAGGAAGAAGGGAAGAGUCGCCAUGUGGAUUUCCAGUGUGUUCGAAGCAAAUCCCUCACGAAUCUGGUAGCUGCUGGAGAUGAUGUCUUGGAGGACCAUGAAAUAUUAAUGCAUCACCCACCCCAAGUGGAUGAACUUGACCGGCUAAAUGCCCCACUUUCUCAGAUGGCUUCUAACGACUUUCAGGAUUAGGGCCAGCUGUGGGUCUACCCCUUGUGGGAGCCCAUCUCACCUAAGAUGCCUGCAGCCAGCCCUCCCUCAUGAUUUAUCUCACCCUGAGUAGGAAUCAUGCUUCUCCCCUAUCCUUUUCCUUUCUCCCAUAAUUAACAUGUGUCCUUUCCAGUAAGUCUGUGCCUCUGGCAGGGGAUGAAGAAGUACUCAAAUUAGCUACCAUCUUUGCAGCAUCCCUGAUAACUUGAAAAAUUUGGGUCUGGUGCUGUUCACUGAGUCUUUGUGUAACGGCAAAAGCAGGAAAGGAAGUCAAGACUGUUGCCUUGUGUUUAGCAAAGCAGUCCUUAUCCUUUAUACUCUGUUCUUGGGUUUUGUUUUUGUUUUGUUUUAUACCAGGCAAAUUGCUUAGUAGCAAAGGGACCAAACUUAAAAGGUGACAAUCUCUAACUUUUAAAAACAGGCACCAAUCGGAUGCUCAUUAGAGGUUAAUGAAGAUGCCAUUCUUGGUGGCCUCUGCACCCAAAUUGCAUCUGGAAAGAACUAGGGUCUCGUUCAGAAUGUCCAGAAGGAAAUUCCUAAGAGGUUAAAUUCAGAUUUGCUUCUCAUUAACGCAGCAAACAAUUCAAAACCACAGAUUCUUUGGCAGGAAGGAUAAUGGAAUAAUAAUGUUGAUGAGACCUUUUUAGCUUCAAGGUUUUGGAGUCUAAAAACAAAUGGAUGAUUCAUUUGGAAUGAAACUCACAAGUAGAAGAACCUCCAAAUCAGGCCAAUUGGGUUAUCCUGGCUUGGAAUCUGGUGUGAAACCAUAGGUCUUAACACUCUGGAGCAGCACAUUGCUGUGGAUGUGGUUAGGAGACCUUAGAUAUGGCUUAAAGGCUUUUAAGAUGAGGACAGAAAUUGCUCACAAUUGCUCAGUUUCUCAACAGAAAGACUUGUAAGAGUGCCAGCACGGGGUGUAUGCAGUGAAGCUGGGUGGGAAGCAUCAUCUGCACAGUUGCUGUCCUAGCAGGAUUUUUCUCUUAUCUUUUCAUACCAUGGGAUUUUUGGAUAUCAGUGUAUUUUGGUUCUUGAAAUAGCCUAAUAGCUGCUCACACAUUGGGUAAGAAAAUUAUACCAAUGUCAUCCCUAAAGGAAGGGUGAGUUAAAUGGAAAUUAAGCCCAGUCAUUUUAUUUGAUCAGCUCUAUUAUCAGUGCAUGAUCACCCAGAUCACCCUUCUCAGCCCCCACAGUGCUGAACCAUCUUCCUUCCUCUUCUCCAUGGCUAUUAAUAGUACCGCUAAAUUUAGAGUCCAGAGCCAGAUAAAAGUAUUUUGGGAUUAUCUCCCAGUUUGUGGUAGAAGCUGACUGGAAUACAGGUUGAGUAUCUCUUAUCCAAAAUGCUUGAGACCAGAAAGGUUUCAGGUUUCACAUUUUGGAAUACCUAACAGUUAAGUACCCGAAAUCUGAAAGGCUUUUGAACAUCAUCUCGGCACUCAAAAAAAAAAAAAAGACUUUGGAGCACUUCAGAUUUUGGAUUUUUGGAUUUGGGAUGCUCAUCCUGUGUAGGAGAGGCUACUCAAUUCCAUGUAAUGACCUAGUCAUAAUCAUCCAAAGUUAAAAGCCGGGUAGAUUUGAAAGCUCUUUCCAGGGCUGAAGAAGUGUUCUUAUGUUCUCUACAUAUGACUGGCAUCACUGUGGAAAUUAAUACUCUGUUCUUCACUAGGAUGUAGUAAGUGGUUAAAUUGAGCUAUUCCCCACCCGAUGACUAUUGGCAUCCAUUUGCAAGGCCAAUGGCCUGGAUUAAGGGUUAGGAUUAUUUGUAGCUAGAAGGUAAUUUUACUUCUAUGAAACUAAUUGGCUCAUAUUUGAGGUCAGGUUCGGCCUUGACCUUACCAGUACAUUUAUACCCACUACCAGUUGACUAGCCCAGAUAAUUGUUAAAUGGUGCUUCCUUUCUGCUUCUCAGUAGACUUCCAUGCCAUUACAAAGGAAAUUUGAAUUA